AUGUGUGACACUGGACGUCCUCGGGGAGAUCAGAGCUGGGCUGUGGGAGGGUCAGGGAAGGCUUCUUGGAAAAGAGCAGAGUGGUUUACUACAGAGGUACCCUUUGCUUCCCACGGUGCUUGGGCUGUGCAGCAGGAGCAGACCUUGGGCAAGGGUCUGGCCCACAUUAGGCAGAAGGUGUGGCCACCCCUGUUAUACCAACAACAGCUCCAGGCGUAUGUGGCCUGGGUGAAUGCACAGCUCAAGAAGAGGCCAGCAGUGAAGCCGGUGCAGGACCUGCGACAGGAUCUUCGGGAUGGGGUGAUCCUGGCAUAUCUCAUCGAGAUCGUUGCAGGAGAAAAGCUGAAUGGGGUACAGUUGAGUCCCAGUAACCAACAGGAGAUGAAGAACAAUGUGGAGAAAGUGCUACAGUUCGUGGCCUCCAAAAAGAUUCGUAUGCACCAGACUUCGGCUAAAGAUAUUGUGGAAGGAAACCUGAAGUCUAUCAUGAGGCUGGUCCUUGCCUUGGCAGCUCAUUUCAAACCUGGCUCCAACAGGACAGUGAGCCAAGGACGGGACUCCAGAACCCCUCUGCAGAGUCACCAACCACACUGUGCCACUGCUGUGGCCCAGGGGGCAGCUGCCGCUCUGGCCGACGUGUGUCAUGACAUGUCACGGUCGGGACGGGAUGUCUUUCGAUACAGGCAGAGGAACAACAGCGUGGACGAGGAGAUUGAGAACCCGUACUGGAGCGUGCGAGCCCUGGUGCAGCAGUAUGAAGGGCAGCAGAGGUCCCCGUCUGAGUCCAGCUGUACCAGCCUGACUUCACCCAGUCCUAUCCACAGCGCAAAGAGCGAGUCCAUUAUAACCCAGUCGGAGGAGAAGGCAGAUUUUGUGAUUAUUCCCUCUGAAGGGAUAGAGAACAGAACAGAGGAGACAGACUCUCCGUUUUCCCGAGAGUGGCGACCAGGCAGCCCCGGGACCUGUCUGGAGACCUCAUGGGAAGAACAGCUGCUGGAACAACAAGAACAUUUAGAAAAAGAAAUGGAGGAAGCAAAGAAAAUGAUAUCAGGAUUACAGGCCUUACUGCUCAAUGGAUCCUUACCUGAAGAUGAACAGGACAGGCCCUUGGCCCUCUGUGAACCGGGAGUCAAUCCUGAGGAACAACUGAUUAUAAUCCAAAGUCGUCUGGAUCAGAGUAUGGAGGAGAAUCAGGACCUAAAGAAGGAGCUGCUGAAAUGUAAACAAGAAGCCAGAAACUUACAGGGGAUAAAGGAUGCCUUGCAGCAGAGGCUGACUCAGCAGGACACAUCUGUUCUUCAGCUCAAACAGGAACUGCUGAGGGCAAAUAUGGACAAAGACGAGCUACACAACCAGAAUGUGGAUCUGCAGAGGAAGCUGGAUGAGAGGAACCGGCUCUUGGGAGACUAUAAAAAAGAGCUGGGGCAGAAGGAGCGCCUCCUUCAGCAGCACCAGGCUAAGUUGGAAGACGCACUCCGGAAACUCUCUGAGGCCAGUUACCAGCAGGUGGAUCUAGAGCGGGAGCUAGAACACAAAGACGUCCUUUUGGCUCACUGUAUGAAAAGAGAGGCAGACGAGGUGACCAGCUACAACAGACACAACUCUCAAAGCAAUGGUUUUUUCCUUCCAGCGGCAGGAAAAGGAGCUGCUUCCGUCACUCACAAAGGGACCAGCGAUCUGCAGCUGGUUCGAGAUGCCCUCCGAAGCCUGCGCAAUAGCUUCAGUGGCCACGAUCCUCAGCACCAUACCAUUGACAGCUUGGAACAGGGCAUCUCCAGCCUUAUGGAGCGCCUGCAUGCCAUGGAGAGCCAGAAGAAACAAGACAGAAGGGUUCGGGGCAAGUUACCAAGAACUCAAGCAGGUAGUGAAUACCGGGAAUCCUGGCCCCCUAAUUCAAAGUUGCCUCACUCACAGAGCUCUCCGGCUGUCAGCAGCACCUGCACUAAAGUGCUCUAUUUCACUGACCGGUCACUUACACCCUUCAUGGUCAAUAUACCAAAGAGGUUGGGGGAGGUGACACUAAAGGAUUUUAAAGCAGCCAUUGACCGGGAGGGGAAUCACCGGUAUCAUUUUAAAGCGCUGGAUCCUGAGUUUGGCACUGUCAAAGAGGAGGUUUUCCACGAUGACGAUGCCAUCCCUGGUUGGGAAGGGAAAAUUGUAGCCUGGGUGGAAGAAGACCAUGGAGAGAAUUAA